AUGGAAGCCUCUGAAACUAGAAAAGAUGAAUCUUAUAUGGAACAAUCUAUACAUUCUAUGAAUCCUGUUAACCUUAUUGAGAAAAUAAUUAGAGAGAGAAUUCUUGAAUGUAGAUAUUAUAAAGAAAUGUGUUUUGGAUUAACUGCAGCAACAAUUUGUGAUCGAGCAGUUAAGAUGAAAUAUAUUGGAGGACAAUAUUUAAAUCAAAGACCUACGGAAUUUUUAUGUUUAACAUUUAAAUUAUUACAACUUCAGCCAGAAAAAGAAAUUAUUUUAGAAUAUCUCUAUGCAAAUGAUUUUAAAUAUCUUCAGGCGCUUGCCGCAUUUUAUAUUCGACUUACAUUUCCUGCUAAAGAAUGUUAUCUUAUUCUUGAACCAUUUCUUAAUGAUUAUAGAAAAUUGCGAAUUAGAUAUUCAACAGGGUUAUAUGGUUUAAGUUAUAUUGAUGAAUUUGUUGAUCAUCUUUUAAAUCAAGAACGUGUUUGUGAUAUUGCUCUUCCUCGACUACCGACUCGCUUUAUCUUGGAAGAAAUGGAGGAACUAGAGCCAAGAAAAAGUGCAUUAGAAAGUGAAUUGGAAACAGAUGAAGAUAACUAA